ACGUUAAGGCCCUGCGCAUGCUCCUCGUCCUGUCCUCAGAACGCCGGGACUGUGGUUGUUGCUGCACCUUGUCUCUGAGCGGAGACGUCCGACGACCAUGCAGGUCCCUGAUAACGCCGAGGGUGGUCCAGAGGGAGACUAUGGAGAUAAUGGUGUGAGAGGCGGCCCUUCACACCCUAUGUUCCUUGGAGGCGGGAAAGGUCCCAGAGCAGAAGGUGCGAAUGGCGGGGAGUAUCCGCAAGGACAGGGAGCAGUGCUGGGAGGAGCGGCGGGUGGAGAUGCCUCAGCCGUGGCCAGAGUCACUGAACAGGAACCUCUGGAGUUGCAUCUCACGGUGCCUUACAGUUACUCGGUGGACGCCGAGAUUGCUUGCAUGUACCUGGGUCCAGUAGUUCGGUCCCUUCCAGAAGGAGUUUACAGCGAAAUCACCAUAGAUGGCAAACACCUGAAUAUUCUGUUAAUUGCAGAAAAUUCCCACCUUCUGGACAUUUCUGUCGCUGCCUUGCUGCACCAGCUCUCCACAGUGUUUCCGGUCUAUGAGGAUUUCCAGGCUUAGAUUCUGGACAAACUUCAGCUAGAAAAGAGGAUUUGGUUUUCUUCCUCUAUCCUCCAUCCCUAGGUAGUCCAUCCUUUCCUAGAGGAGGGAUUCCUGAGGUGCCCUGACACUUAUUUACUUCUCUAGGUGGCCCUCUGAGUGCAUAAAUGUUAAGGCUGAAAAUAAAGUGAACUGCUCU